AUGUUCUGGCUUGAAGGGUGGUCGAGACUUGGCGGAGCUGUGGAGCGAACCAGGAGUAGCACCGUUGCGGAACACGAUCCAUUGAUCUAUCGGCGGACUUGCUCUUGGGAGAUGCUAAUGACGACGAUGAUGACGGUGCCGUUUGUGUCACACGCCACGCAUUCAAGGUCCCUUGGCGGCAAUUAUAUACCCUCGAUGCUGUUUCACAGGAUACCCAGCGGGGCAAGAGCUGAGCGUGCAUGCGCGCUUGUGUGUUGCUGUGUGCGUGUGUGCGGUGCGAAGGCCAGCGAAAACACAGUCGAAGUGCUAUUCUACCCCCAUCAUUUCGCCUGCACCUGUGCUGUCCGAGAGAAGACGGGCGCGCACGCGUGUCGUGUGCCCUGCGAGGCGUGA